GCGUAAAUUAGUUUGUGAUCGAGUUUGGAUCGCUAGUCGUGGCAGAACAAAUUAACAUUAUUUUACAUGAAAACAAGUGCAUACGGCCAUGGACAGAUAUGUUCUUGUUAUUAUAGUCAACCUACAGCCGAAGAAAGAGUGCUCUUUCAGUGGGGUUGAUGCUGCCAAACAAAUUUACGAUAACCUCAAAGACAUUUGUACCAAUCGUUUAACACGGAUCUCUCCAUUUCCCGCUUGUUCUCUGAGUGGUAGCCCUGCCCCGCAGAGAUGGUACUUUGCUAUUCAAGCCACUUAUGGUACAGCGCAGUCCCAGUGGUGCAGUUCGGAGUGGGAGGAAUUGUGCUCUCAGCACAGUGACAGUGAGGAAUCAGAGCCAUCUGCUUUAGACAGCUGCAUCACUGCCCUCCAGGAACAAGAGCAACAGAGCCAGCUCACAGAAUACCCAUCCCACGCAGAACUCUUUGAAGAGGCAGCUGAAGGUCUUCAUCAAUUGGCAGACAAACUUCCUCCUCCAGGGAAGUCUUUGCUGGAUGUGAUUGUACUGUGUGUGGAUAAUGAGGCGGGGUUAAAGGAAAUGCUGCCUGUGAUUGGCUCUUUGAAGCACAUGAGGGUGUGGCACUCAGCAUCAAUGAUCAUGGUCACAGAACACAGUGCAGGGUGGCAGAAAGCAGCCAUGUACCUGGAUGCCCGUAUAUGUUCUCCCUCUGUGAUUGACAGCUGUGUGGAUGGGAGGGAGAUCUGGAGAGGUGGACUCCAGUUUAGAGAGAAAAAGUUUGUCUCAGAGCUGAAGAUUGAUGGUUUUUGUCUGAGAGCUCAGAGGAGAGCUCACUGGAGUGAUGUUUUGUAUCACACAGACCCUCAAUGCCACACUGAUCAUAAACUGCACAAUGAGGUGUUUCACUGUUACCAGCCGAUGUUGGAACUGAUCCAGUUGAUCAGAGUGGCAGAUCUCCCCAUUCUUCUCCAUUCAAGCACUGAGUUUGAGCUCGGAUUGGCUUUCAAAUCUGUCAAAGCCAAACUGCUCUUAGAUCAGCUCUCCACACUGCGUGGAGAGGUGGCAGCUUUGUUUUCUUUGUCCUGCGUGAUAAGCACAGAGACCUUCCAACCAGCCUCUCAGAUCAGCUCCUGCAAAUGGAGAGACUUCAUGUCCAAACGCCCCAAGGACUUACCUGUGCCUGAUGUGGAGGUUAAAGGUGAGAGAGGCCACUACCUAUUCUUGGUGCGGGGGGUGGAGUCAGGAGGCUGCAUAGCACGAAUGAUACACACAGCCAAUCAGAUCAAUGGAGCUGCUGCCCUGGCAACACUCAAUGCCCUCAUCAGGGACAAAGUUCCAUCCUCCUCAGGGAGCAGCUCUGCUGACUGGCUGCAGUCCCUGCCAUAUCUCUGUGGAGAGCAGUUUUUGCAGAGGGAGAGAAAACUAGCCAAGGUGCAGACCCUGGUCCUCAAGGAAUGCUCCCGGCUACGGGAGGAGGCCCAAAAACCGGCCGCCAUUCCUGUGAAUGAACUGAAGGCUCUGUUGAGUCUGGCCAGAGAGCAGUACCUUAAGAUCCACAACUCCACACUGCCUAGAGCCUCUGAGCGAAUGCCCCUGGUAAAGGAAGAACAAACCUCAACUGUAGACACCAGUGUGAAAUCUUACACCGAAUGGCCAGAGAGGAGUGUCCUACAGAACUAUGAGAACAUACAGCGAACCAGACAAAGAUCCAGGUGCCAGCUGUUCAGCAGUGGUUCCUCAGAGAGCCUGAUGGGGCCGAAAGACAGCCAGAGGGGAAGCACCUCACUGUUAGAUGCUAGAGAGCUGCUUAAGCACUUCACACCAGAUGGACUGCCCAGUGGAGAACUACAGCCACUGCCACUGCUUAGAGGUGAGCAUGUGUUUCAGAUGUCUCCUGACCUAACACCUAAGAAAGUGACCAAGCUUCCAUUCUCACAGGCUGCCAGAUCCCACUACCAUGGAAUAGAGUUCUGUCUGGAUGAGCAUAAGGCUCUUGACCGAGACCGUGGCUUUGUGAAGCUGCAAUCUCGGCUAAUUAGAUAUGAGACCCAGAGUACUUGCUGUAAGGAGCCCUGCCCUGUGCCAUUUGCCCUCAGCCCUGCAGCAUCCCCGGCCGUGCUGUCUGAACCGGGCAGCGUGCCUGAUGGUGAAGCCCUGCACAUUGAGCUGUCCCGUCUUAAACGUCGCUCCCGUGACACAGACUCACACCUCCAGCAGCACAAGAGGUUUUGUAAAUCAGAGAGCACAGAAUCUUUAGGUGCUCAUUGCAGUGGGGCAGGUGGCACUCACCCAGCAGUGGGGGCUCUACGGCAGCAAGCAGCCCUCUCCCGCUCAAACUCUGGUCUGACCAGACGUUCUGCUUCUGUUGCCGACCCCUCACCAAGUCAAAAACCCAGCCAAACCCAGACCGAGUCCCGUUCCCAGAAACACAACAGGAUGCUGAAGGAAGUGGUUGCUAAGACACUCACUAAACAUGGGAUCAGCAGCGAGCACAAGUGCUUUGAAGCCUGCAGUCAAAGACUGUUUGACAUAUCAAAGUUUUAUCUGAAGGACCUGAAAACGUCACGUGGCCUUCACGAAGAAAUGAAAAAAGCAGCCAGUAACAACGUCAAACAGGUGAUUGAAUGGGUUGUAGAGAAAUCAUCUAAAAGAUGAGCAGAAGAUUUUUUUUCGGUGCAAAUUAACAAGUGACAGAGAUCAACCUGCAGGAGGAAACCGUUCUGAUAAGAAACAACAUGAUGCUACAAAAUGAAGAGGUUUAUCUUCUCACAGUUUCAAAAUUCCUCUCUAUGGAAAUAUGUACAUAAAUUACACUUUUCUGUGUAAAUUUGUUCUGUGCUUUUUCUUUCAUUUAAAUGUAUGUUUAAUAAUUGUAUAUUUUAUGUAUUAAACUUUUUUAUUUUUCAUUUUAUUUAAUGCUUUUAUUAUAUGGCCUUCACUGGAGACAAGAUAUCAUGAACCCUCAAGUGGUCUAAUUUUAAAGAGAUAGUUCACCCAAAAAUUGUAUUUCACUCAUUAUACCCUCACCGUCCCAGGUGUGUGUAUGACUCUUUCUUCACCAGAACACAUUUGAAGAAAAAUAGAAAAAUAUCUUAGCUCAGUAGGUCCUUAAAAUGCAAGUGAAUGUAGAUUUUUCU